AUGAAGAAUCCCAACAUUAAUAUGGAUCAAAACACCACAAUGAACCCCCAAGCAUCUAGUGCUCAGACUGAACCUCGAAGGAAUCCCAACAAGUCUGUUCGUGUUGCCUUCGGUCCGGAUCUGGAAACCCAUAUUCCUCCCCGCGACAAAUCCCCUGCUCCCAUUGCUUCGCAUCACAGAUCUUUCACGGCCGUUGAGCGCAAAGCGCCCCCUCUGACCAGUCCCCCGGGCAGACCGACAAGUUCCUCGGGAGGCGAAAACACCGUCAUAGUCGAUUCCAACAUCCGGUUGACUUCUGAUCGGGCAUCAGAUACUGCACGGCCAACAUCCACCUUGAAAAGGACCAGAAGUGACUAUGGACCCAGGGUUGGUUUCGAUAGAUCUGCUUUCGGGGAUGAUGAAGAGGACUUCGCUAUGAGACAUGGGUGGCAGGAAGAGUAUACCUCGAGCGAAUACCUCAAAAUUCUUCAUUCGAAUUUCUAUAUGUAUUUCACCGAAAAGCGCCACGAGACGAACGGCUUUCCGAGAGAUCCCAUCGGUAGUUGGCCAAACCAAGACUGGCGUAUGAAAGAUCGUUUGAAAACAGUCUCCGCUGCUUUGGCUAUAUGCUUAAAUAUCGGUGUCGACCCACCUGAUGUGGUUAAGACUAAUCCAACGGCGAAACUCGAAUGCUGGGUCGACCCAACAUCUACUACCGGCGGCGGCCAGACGAAGAUAAUGGAACAGAUUGGGAAGAAGCUACAAGAGCAGUAUGAAACUCUAAGUCUGAGGACUAGGUACAAACAAUACCUUGACCCAUCUGUCGACGAGACGAAAAAAUUCUGCAUAUCACUGCGCCGAAAUGCCAAGGACGAGAGGGUGCUUUUCCAUUACAACGGCCACGGUGUUCCCCUUCCCACUCAAUCCGGUGAAAUCUGGGUCUUCAACAAGAACUAUACCCAGUACAUUCCCGUGUCAUUAUACGAUCUGCAAUCCUGGCUCGCUGGUCCCAGUCUUUUUGUCUUUGAUGUCUCGCAUGCAGGGAAUAUUGUCCAGAACUUCCAUAGUUUUGUUGAAAAACAUGAGAAAGAAAACGUGGAAGCAAAGAAGCGUGAUCCCAAUGUUAUUGUUCAAAGCUAUGGCGAUUGCAUAAUUCUUGCAGCAUGCCAGAACAACGAAUCUUUACCGACUAACCCAGACCUUCCCGCUGAUCUCUUUACUUGUUGUUUAACCACACCCAUCGAGAUUGCUCUGCGGUUUUUCAUCCUCCAAAAUCCUCUACAAACAAAUAUUUCCAUCGACGAAUUUAGGGUCCCGGGCCGUUUGCAGGACCGCAGAAGCCCGCUUGGAGAAUUGAAUUGGAUUUUCACGGCCAUCACUGACACUAUUGCAUGGAAUACGUUACCGCGGGCCCUCUUCAAGAAACUUUUUCGUCAAGAUUUGAUGGUUGCUGCCCUGUUCAGAAAUUUCCUGCUAAGUGAUCGGAUAAUGCGCACUUAUAAAUGCCACCCAAUUUCAUCCCCUGAACUUCCAGAGACGCACCAUCACCCGCUAUGGAAAAGCUGGGAUUUGGCCGUUGAAAUGGUCCUUUCUCAGCUUCCUGCGCUCAUUGAUCACGAGGAAGGUCGCAAGCAAUAUGAGUAUCAGCAUUCUACUUUUUUUGCCGAGCAGCUGACAGCCUUCGAGGUUUACCUCUCCUCUGGACCGACUGAAAAGAACCCACCGGAUCAGCUUCCUAUCGUUCUCCAGGUUCUUCUAAGUCAGGCGCACAGACUGAGGGCAUUAAUUCUCCUCAGUAAGUUCCUCGACUUGGGGCCUUGGGCGGUUCACCUGGCUUUAAGCAUUGGUAUCUUCCCGUACGUCGUCAAACUUUUACAGUCCGCGGCCCAGGAGCUUAAACCGGUGAUGGUCUUCAUUUGGGCCAGAAUUAUGGCCGUAGACCACACUGUCCAAAAUGAUUUAUUGAAGGAUAAUGGGAUCCAUUACUUUAUUUCUAUCCUCAACCCAUCUUCGCCAAUCCCAGUGGGCAACGCUAGUGAGCAUCGAGCCAUGUGUGCAUUCAUUGUGUCGAUCUUCUGCAAAAGCUAUCCCCAGGGCCAGAAUGUGUGUCUCUCCGCCGACCUCUUUGAUUCUUGUCUGAGACAUUUAAUGGACGUUGAGAACCCUCUGCUGCGGCAAUGGUCUUGCCUCUGCAUUAGUAUGCUUUGGUCUGGUUUUCCCGAAGCCAAAUGGAUGGGGAUCCGAUGUGCUGCUCCUGCUCGGCUCUGCGAGCUCAAUUUCGAUCCUGUUCCGGAGGUCCGAGCUGCCAUGCUCCAUGCACUGACCACAUUUUUGGGCAUCCCGGAUUUGACGGACCAGGUCGCACAGAUCGAAGAGUCUUUGGCUAUGGCCGUUCUUCCUAUGUCAUUAGAUGGAAGCGUUCUUGUUCGGAAGGAGCUGUUAGUGUUUUUCUCGACUUUCGUCAGACGCUAUCAGAAUAAAUUUUUGGUUGCCGCGUAUGAAGAACUCCAGGACGAGAAGCAAAACCUUCUCUCCAAAUUGGAACAAGGAGGCUCUCGGGGGCUCUAUCUCGACGGGGCUCCGAAUGAUUCCACGAAUGGUCCUUCAGGGUUGAAAUCGAAGCCGCAGAAUUUGUCUCGCAAUACUACGUUUGGUACAAUUUGGAAGCAGCUGCUCAUACUUUCUGUUGAUCCCCACCCUGAUAUAGCUCAGGAUAGCAGCAUGAUUGUUGAUUAUAUCCAUAUAGCACUCUUGCGGUCUCCCAUGGCCUCGAUAACUGACAAGAUUCGAAACGAGAUCAUAGAGUUCUCAAACAGAGUGUCACAGAAGCAGCAGGCUCGAGAGCGACCAGAGUCAAAGGCCUCACCACCCCCGGCCGCCCCUUCCAACGCCCCUCCAAAACAGGAAGGCUAUUUAUCUUUGAGCCUUAAACGAACUGCCAGUGUCGCUGCCUCACUCAAAAACCUCGCCUUCGGCAGUUCCUCCCAGUCCGAGCCCCAGUCGCCGCGCCCCUUGACAUCCCCCAAGAACCGCAUGCCUAUGACGCCACGAGGACGCGCCCCCCCAGAAUGGACGCGGCCGCCAGAAGUGAACGACCAAAUUGCUCCUGCUGCGGCGUACCAUCAAGCCCCAACCCCUGCGUCCCGUGGGUUCGAACCUAGAGAUGCAUCCACUCCCCCCACCAUCCCCUUGAUGAGCAGGUUCCUAGAUUGGUCCACAGAGGUAAUUCCAGAGUUACUCCAUUUGAUCUGCGAGCGAUACAACGAAGAGUAUGAACGUUUUCUUACCAAUAUUCAGUACUUCCGGGAACCCCAGAUGAAGCCCAAUGAACCCGACGAACCCGGCAGUGCAGACUACAACGAACGAUUGUGGAGACGGAGCCGCAAUGAGAAGAUCAUCACAGAAACCCAACCCCUCAAGGGCAAAGCAGGAACCAGCAAAUGGGAUAACUCAAUGGCCCUCCUCUCUAACAACAGCCAGCCCUUGAAACUGUGCUUCCACCAGUUCGAAGAUCAUCUUGCUGUUGCAGAUGAUAGGGACACCAUUGCGAUUUGGGAUUGGCAGAGACACAAGCGCCUGAACUGGUUUUCCAACCGGAAUCCACCCGGGUCAAAGAUUAACGAAAUUCGCUAUAUCAAUGAGGAUGAUCAGGCACUGCUGAUGACUGGUUCUUCCGACGGUGUCCUGAAGGUGUUCCGUAAUUACGAAUCUUCGAAGGAUGUUGAAAUUGUGACCGCAUUCAGGGCCUUGCCGGAGCUUAUUCCGAGUAACCGAAACGCUGGUCUUGUUCUUGACUGGCAACAGGGUCAGGGCAAAGCAUUAGUUGCGGGUGAUGUGAAGGUGAUUCGUGUGUGGAACGCUGCCACUGAAGUCUGUACCAAUGACAUUCCGGCACGAUCGGGUUCCUGCAUUACUUCCUUGACUUCCGACCAGGUAGCAGGCAAUAUAUUUGUUGCCGGGUUUGGUGAUGGUGCCGUCCGAGUAUUCGACCAGCGCCUCAAACCUACAAAUUCUAUGGUUAAGGUAUGGCGCGAGCACAAGCAAUGGAUCACCAACGUCCACAUGCAGCGGGGUGGCUUAAGGGAGUUGGUGUCUGGCAGUCGGAAUGGAGAGAUUAGGCUUUGGGAUCUUCGAAUGGUUGAUCCCAUUUCAACCAUCUAUGCCACUCGUGAUACCCUCCGUACAUUAAGCAUGCAUGAACACGCCCCGGUAUUCAUGGUGUAA